GGUAGCCCCGCCCCCGUUUGCUUGUCCCAAACCCGCCUCAGGGCUCCGUCCCCUCAGCCCGAGAUCCAGACCUCCGGGUUAGACUGCAACCGAUUCUUGGCCUUCACCCCGCGGCCCUCUGUCCUCCUAAGCCCUCCCUCCGUGUUACCUGCUGGACUCCAGCAGGAACCCAGACUUCCACCCCAGCGCUUUACCCUGCCAGAGUCCUAGUCACGUGGUCCUGAACCCUGGGCUGGAAUCAAAGAUCAGGAGCUGCAGGUGUGGCGAGCUAGACGCCGCGAGGACUGCGUCGGGUGCACAGGCGGCAGUUUUUCCUCUUUGCUGCUGAGUCAUGGCAGCUCCCAUGAAGGGCCAAGUGUGUGUGGUAACCGGUGCCUCUAGGGGUAUCGGCCGCGGCAUUGCUUUGCAACUCUGCCAAGCAGGAGCCACAGUUUACAUCACUGGCCGCCAUCUGGACACACUCCGGGCCACUGCUCAGGAGGCGCAAUCCAAUGGGGGCCGGUGCGUGCCUGUGGUGUGCGAUUCAAGCCAGGAGAGCGAAGUGCAGAGUCUGUUUGAGCAGGUGGACCGGGAGCAGCAUGGGCGUCUGGAUGUGCUCGUCAACAACGCCUAUGCCGGGGUCCAGGUGAUCUUCAACAACAUGAAUAAAGCAUUCUGGGAAAGCCCUGCCUCCGUAUGGGAUGACAUUAACAAUGUUGGACUUAGAGGCCACUACUUGUGCUCAGUGUAUGGGGCGCGGCUGAUGGUACCAGCUGGCCGGGGGCUUAUCGUGGUCAUCUCCUCCUUCGGGGGGCUGCAGUAUGCCUUCGGCGUCCCCUAUGGCGUGGGCAAAGCUGCGUGUGACAGGCUGGCUGCUGACUGUGCUCAUGAGCUGCGGCGCCACGGGGUCAGCUACGUGUCUCUGUGGCCAGGGCUGGUGCAGACAGAACUGGUGAAGGAGCAUAUGGCCAAGGAGGACUCUUUUGAGGAUCCUGUGUUCAAGCAGUUCAGAUCUGUUUUCUCGUCUGCGGAGACCACAGAACUAAGUGGCAAAUGUGUUGUGGCUUUGGCAACAGACCCUGAUAUCCUGAGCCUGAGUGGAAAGGUGCUGCCAUCCUGUGACCUCGCUCGACGCUACGGCCUUCGGGAUAUAGAUGGCCGCCCCGUCCAAGACUAUCUGUCUGUGAGGUCUGUUCUCACCCACGUCCCCAGCCUGCGCUGGCUGGCCCCCUACUUUCCCGGCUUCCUCCGCAUGCCCAAGUGGAUUAUGACCCUCUAUGCCAGCAAGUUCUAACGCUCCUGGCCUGACAUCACUACUCUGCACCUCUCCUCAGCCAGGCCGGGGUGGUUUGGCCUAUCUCAGUGGAACGAGGCAGCCUUUCUCACCUCCCAGAUUUGAUAUGAAGGGAAGGGCUCUGUUGUGUGUCCUUGGUGAGCCUUGGGUACCCUUACGGGUCCUCUUUGUGCCUUGGCUUUCCUUGUCCCGACAUUUUCCUCUUUGCCUCUGAAUUGAAAUGUGCCCUGGGGGCUAAAUAAAGGUCUCAUUUCUUCUUCAACAUGUU